AUGACCAACGUCUUCGGCGUCCAAGUCUUCUUCAUCAUUUUCCGAGAAGCUCUCGAGGCGGUCAUUAUUGUUUCCGUUCUGCUUGCCUUCCUGAAGCAGUCCCUCGGCCAGCCGCACCAAGACCCUAUAAUAUACAAACGGCUAGUCCGUCAAGUAUGGGUCGGGUCGCUGGGUGGCAUUCUCAUUGCCCUGGUCAUCGGCGGUGCCUUCAUCGGUGUCUUCUACGGCCUGGGCCAUGAUCUUUGGGCCGAGUCGGAGGAUCUCUGGGAAGGCAUCUUCUACCUGAUCGCCAGCAUCAUCAUCACCGUCAUGGGCCUGGCCAUCCUGCGCAUCAACAAGACCAAGGAAAAGUGGCGAGUCAAGAUCGCCCAGGCUCUUCUUGCCAAAGGCAAACACCAAACCACGACCAAAUGGCUCGGCGAUUGGGGUCGCCGACAUGCCAUGUUCCUUUUGCCCUUUAUCACCACUCUGCGGGAGGGUCUCGAGGCUGUCGUCUUUGUCGGCGGUGUCUCGCUGGGAUUGCCUGCCACCGCGUUUCCGAUCCCCGUCAUCACUGGCCUGCUCGCCGGCCUGCUGAUUGGCUACCUGCUCUACCGCGGCGGCAAUGUCAUGACGAUCCAGUACUUCCUCAUCGCAUCGACCUGCAUCCUUUAUCUCCUUGCCGCGGGCAUGUUCUCCAAGUCUGUGUGGAGCUUGCAAUUCUACAAGUUCGCGCAGAAGGUUGGCGGAGACGUUGCCGAGUCAGGCGAUGGGCCGGGAUCAUACAACAUUCGCCAGACCGUGUGGCAUGUCAACUGCUGCAAUCCCGAGCUCGACCACGGCUGGGAUGUCUUCAACGCGUUGCUAGGCUGGCAAAACACCGCGACCUAUGGCUCCGUCAUCUCGUACAACAUGUACUGGAUCUUUAUCAUGGUGGCCAUCGCUUGCAUGCUGUACGAGGAACGCACGGGCUCGCUGCCCCUGCAGAGACCAUUCCUGGCUUUCAUCGGCAAGAUCCCGGGAUUCCGACGAUACGCUGCUAGGAAGCUCAACGCGCCCAAGCCGAAUGCAGACGACCUCGUCAGUCAGGUCGAUGCUGAUCUCUUCAGCCAUGGGAUCGCCCAGCGGCCAUUGGCUGAGAAGUAG